GGAAGUCUCUACUUUCAAUUUAUGUAAACUUUCGAUUUUGGAUAACGUUUCCGCAUAGCUUUUAUCAUUUUGAUGGCUUCAGAAACCAAUAAUAAAGACAAAGAGUACAAUUUACUGAAGUAUAAAGUUUUAGAGAUCCCAGAUACCAUCCUAUACAUCCCUAACUUUAUCAGUGAACAAGAAGAGAAAGAUUUAUUAGACCAUGUUUAUUCAGCACCAAAACCAAAAUGGACACAUUUAUCGAACAGACGAUUACAGAACUGGGGCUCUCUUCCACAUCCCAAGGGAAUGAUUGCUGAAAAUAUACCACAGUGGUUAAAGAUUUAUACUGAGAGAAUAGCUGAAUUAGAAAUAUUUGCUGGUCAAACACCCAACCAUAUUCUAGUUAAUGAAUAUUUAUCCGGUCAAGGUAUUAUGCCCCAUGAAGAUGGACCAUUGUUUUAUCCAACAGUUACAACCAUUAGUUUGGGUUCGUCUACAGUUUUAGAUUUUUAUCAUCAUCUCAACCAGUGUAAUCAAACUUCAUUAGAAACAACGAGUUCCAGUCUAGAAGACAGACAUUUAACGUCAAUAUUCCUGGAACCUAGAAGCAUGAUAGUUGUAAAGGAUGCUAUGUAUGAAUCCUAUCUACAUGGUAUUGACGAGAGACAGGAAGACAGAAUAACAGAUAAAAUAGCCAACUUAUCACACUGCCAGGAUAUAAACACCGGGGAUAUUAGAUCCAGAACAACACGUGUUUCAUUGACUAUCAGAAUUGUACCGAAAGUUUUAAAAAAUAAACUAUUUUUCGGUAAAAAGGCUUGAAUACAUGAAUUGUCUAAAAUCUAGACUAAACUGUAAAAAUUGGAGAUACUAAGUUAAGAACCUAGAACAUUGAUGUGUCAUGGGUCCGUUUACACAUUGGCGUGCACAUAAAAGAACCCAUCAGAGUUUGAAUUAUUUCGAAUAAGAGGAGGCCGUAGUGCUGCUUUUCGGCCAAAAUGUUACUAUUGAGACCAAGUAACCACCCCUAUGGUUCGCAAAACAAAACAAUGAAACGGGGUUUAAAGUACGGAAAAAAACCCAAUAACAAUUGUAAUAUGACAAGAGCUUUAUGUUAACUUGAAUAAAACUUCUUUCCGACGAGAUAACGAUCGGCGAACAACUAUAUAGGCAAUACAAUCAAUGUUCUACCAAUUUGCUCAGACUUAUUUUAUGCUGCAUACUUAUUUUGUUGAAAUUGAUUGUGCGGUGGAAUUGUGGAUGGCACCCUAGGUUGGACCCGCCCAUUCACAGCUUUUAGAUACGCUACUGAUGCCUGUCUACGUUAGCCUGGGUUAUAAAGAAACGUAAACGUUAAACGACGAUUUCGUUACAUUUCGCUUUGUAAAACCGGACCCUGAAGGUUUGAAAAACCAAAAGUUAAUUCCUGUUUUGUUAAUCAUUAUGUUUGAUUGUUUUUUGACAUUGUAUAUAAAUGUAUAGGUAAUUGUUUAAAUAU